AAACUGUUUAUUGCCCUGCCUUGAGGUGAUUAUUCCGUUUAUUCUACUUCGCGCCGGCCAACAUAAUAAAUUCGUAUUGCAUUCGUAUUGCAUGCUUAUUAAAUGUAUACUCUGUUUAAGUUCAUCUCCCUCGAAAAGUAGUUCCCUUUAGAACUACGGUGAAUAACGUUAGCUCAGCUGUAGGUAACUCGUUUCUAUAGCAACCAGUGCCACACAAGGCUGGAUCUGAUCACUAGUUUAAUAACGUAGCUGCUACAUUCGUAUCAAGUCAGCUUUAAUGACGAUCGAUCAAACAUGCACUCCUUGGUUUAUUUUUACUAUGGACCUCAUCUUGGAAAUGUAUGUGAUAGAAAACGAUGCAAGCGGCGUAUUGAUCUACUGUGCUCAGUCAGCAGCAAGUAGAACCGACAAGUCAGCGGGCAAUAUGCCGGAUUAAUGCACCCCUCCCAGCCAAUCAGAAUCGAGCAUUCUUAAAUGAAGUAGAAUAAAUAUAUAUAUACACACAUACUUACAUAGGAUAUAUUUUUGUUGAUCCUUUCUCAUUUAGCAAUUGUCAGUAAAUAAGCAGGCCUAGUGGCGUCCAUUACCUUUCACUUUGCUCUUGCAUUUCUGAUGGGAGCCUUUAGCCCGCGGCGCUAGCAGCUCUCUACAUAGGGGCGGCACGCUAACAGCGGCUUACACGCGGGCUGGCUAUAACCCUCACCCUUUCAUCCAGCUCAUCCCACUCUCUCCCUUUAUGUCCUCGGUGUGGGGGCUGGUGCCCCGGGAGCCAUCAACGCUGUAUUAUGGGCUAACUUUCUUCCUCUCUCUGUGGUUCUUGUUCGUGGCUCCUUUGAUUCUCUAUUUGUGUAUCAAGCAGCAGAUCUGGGUUCAUUUGCUGGGCCAUUUAUGAGCUGGCUGAACAGACCGUUCCUCAUGUGGGCUAGGAGCAGGAGAGAGAAGGGCCAGCACAUACAGCUGCAGAUUGUCUCUCUGUUCUAUUGCCUAUUUUUCUAGUGCUCUACCUAAUAUUACAAUAGUAUAGCUGAUAUUUACCUAGACUAUUGUACUGUUAAUGUAAGUUAUGCGUUACGUUUGAUUUUUGUAUAUUUUAGAUAGAUUGACGUCACACACAAACAGGCACAAACACACACACAUACACACACACACACACACACACACACACACACACACACACACACACACACACACACACACGCACACGCACAAACAACCACACACAAGGCAUUUCAUAGAAUAUAUUCCAGCUGACCUGGCCCGCCAUAAAAUGCUUAAAAGGAACAAGACAAAGGAUGAAGGAAGGGAGUAGGUCCCACCGAUCACAUGACUGUGAGCUCUGCACAAUCUGUGUAAGACUAGCUGGCCAAGCACGGAGUGACAUCCCCCUGUCUCUGCCCACAGAUCCAUUAGUCCUGCCUAGACGCUGUCAUGUGCAGGGGCCUAAUUGGCUAGUCAAAGAAAGCGAAAGAGAGAGAGAGAGAGAGAGAGAGAGAGAGAGAGAGAGAGAGAGAGAGAGAGAGAGAGAGAGAGAGAGAGAGAGAGAGAGAGAGAGAGAGAGAGAGAGAGAGAGAGAGAGAGAGAGAGAGAGAGAGAGAGAGAGAGAGAGAGAGGGAGCGCUCAAGUGAGAGAGAGCAAGAGAGACGUAGAGAUGCAGAGACAGUGACAUAGAAACAGUGCAGGAGAUAGGCAUGAGAGAGGCAAGGACUAUAUUCAAACAUAGCCGAGUGGAACUAAUGGGAAGAAUGCAUUAGAAACAGAUUCCCCAAAAAACAAAGAGAAAUACAUCAAGACAAUUGUGUUUUAAGGUAGAAACUAUAAUCGGAGGACUGAUUGGAACAACCCUGUUUCUUUGGAACCCCUGGAAUAAUAUGGAGGCUUGUUGAGUGGACGAAACAAAGAGAAGAGACAGAGAUGGAGCGGAAGGAUUGUGGCCUGAAGGUGCCGGUGCUGUGAACUCACCCUCCGCUCGGCCGGGAGAAGUGAACUACUGGCGACACAGAGAGGGGCUGCAUGUGUCCGGGAUCAUCGGCCACCAUGUGAGUCAGGAUUCAUCAAAUGAAGGAGCAUUAAAGAGGAGGGAGAGAACGUGAUACGGGGAAGGAACGCUGCUUCCAGAUAACUUUUCAUGACUCUGCAACCCGGUACCACAGUGCAGUAGGUUUUACUUUGGAUUCCUGCAAACCAUUCCAUGAAGCAAAGUUAAUUAUCUGCUGUCAUCGUGCUCCAAUUACUCAUCGCAGAGCCCGGCCUCCCAUGGACUGUUCUCUCGUCUUCCGGUCCCGGUGCUCGUGUUUACAACCCUGUCCCGACUCUCCUAGAUCUGCUGCCGUCUUUACAAGGAAGCUGAACCACUUUCGAUUGUGAGCACAAACCAAGACUGAAGGCAGCCUUUGACAUUUGGUCCUCGCUAACUGACACAUAGAACGUGAUUUUAGCACAGAGCUUGGUGGUCGGUUCAACCUGAUCUGCAUUUGGACAUGAAUGAUGUAAAAAAGUUGAAAAACAAGACCACCCCCUACCUUUAAGGAGGGGAUUCCGAAAGGAACAGGAAACACGAUUCAUGCAUAAGAGGCCAUUCCUCUCUCUUGUCGUUUUGUGUCUCCGCCCUUAGUGACGUCACCAUGACCACGUAUUUCCACACCCAUGAGUUUUGCUGCAGUCCCAAGAAGCACAACAGCAGCUCUACCAAGAGCAAGUCUGGAAAGGGGAAGUCCAAGGGGGGGAAAAGCCCUCCCUCCCACCUGAAGCACCACCAGAACCUCCUGCACGUGCACUCGGCCAACCACCCGCCCCAUUCGCUGAACUACAACGGCCGCUGUUCGCCCCAAAACCUUCAGCCUUCUCCAUCUCCGAGCUACUACCACAUAGCGCCGCCGUCGCCCAAUCACCAGCUGGGACCCCCGUCACCCAACCACCAGCUCGGACCCCCGUCGCCCAAUCACCAGCUGGGACCCCCGUCACCCAACCACCAGCUCGGACCCCCGUCCCCGAGCCACCCUCUGCCGUCGCCCUCCUCCAGUCACCACCUCCACUCGCCCAGCUUCCACCAGAUCCACCUGUCCCCCAGCCACCACCUGCUGUGUUCGGCGCAGGCCGCCCAGCUCCAGCCACGCGGCCACCUCGUGGCCUCGGCCUCGCACCACUUCUGCCAGCAGGAACAUCACCGCCGCCUCCAGCAGCUGACCUCGCCGGGCCACCAGGUGGCGCUGAUGCAGCCCUACCAGAACCAGUACCAGCAGCACCACCACCAGCACCACCAGCAGCACUACCAGCAGCACCACACCUGCUGCCUCCCGCCGCUUCCCCACGCCUCCCAGUCGCUGUCCAUCCACCCCUUCUUCUCGCCACAGCUCCCCCUGGCGGCCGGGAUGGGGGACUACAGCUGGAGCACACUGCCCUCCCUGGGCUCCAGGGGGAAGCUGAGCACCUUGAAGGACAGCCUGAAGAAGAGCCCCACCAAGGGUAAAGCCAAGGGGAAGGCGGUGGGCCGGCCCUGGCCCCAUGACUCCUACAUCUGGACCUCGCAGUCAGUGGAGAACAGCGUCAACAUGCCGCUCAUACGGCACUUAUCGCAAAUACAGGCUCAGAUACAGGCCAAUCCCCCUCCAGUGGUCGUCAACACCGAAUGCGUGGACACACCCCCAUACGUCAAUGGUACCGAAGCCGACUAUGAAUAUGAGGAAAUCUCGCUGGAGCGGGGUAACUCUGGCCUUGGCUUCAGCAUCGCAGGAGGGACAGAUAACCCCCACAUUGGGGAGGACCCCUCCAUCUUCAUCACCAAGAUCAUCCCUGGGGGGGCGGCGGCCCAGGACGCACGGCUCAGGGUGAACGACAGCAUCGUGCGGGUGAACGAGGCGGACGUGCGCGACGUGACCCACAGCGGCGCGGUGGAGGCGCUGAAGGAGGCGGGGGGGCUGGUGCGCCUCUACAUCCGCCGCCGCCGCAGCCAAUCAGAGAGGAUCCUGGAGCUCAAGCUGGUCAAGGGCCCAAAGGCCUGGGGCUUCAGUAUAGCAGGAGGUGUUGGGAACCAACACGUCCCAGGGGACAACAGCAUCUACGUGACCAAGGUCAUCGAGGGAGGUGCCGCGCAUAAGGACGGCCGGCUACAGAUAGGAGACAAACUCAUGGCUGUAAACACCUCCUGUCUGGAGGAGGUGACCCACGAGGACGCCGUGGCGGCGCUGAAGUCCACGCCCGACGUGGUCUACCUGCGGGUGGCCAAGCCCACCUCGCUGUUCAUCAACGACAGCUUCCCCCGCCCGACGUCACCAACUAUGCAAAAAAAGCCGGGGUUUGUGUUCACCUCCUCUCGUGGUGUAGAUGGUUCAGAAAUAGGGCACCUACUCCCUCACCAAGACAACCACAUUAGCCCCUCCUACAUGGGCGGCAGCCAAUCUGUGAGUCCGGCCCCAUUGACCACGCCCAGAUACUCACCGCUGCCCAGGGGCAUGAUGGGGGAUGAUGAGGUCACCAGAGAGCCCCGUCGGGUGGUGAUCCAGCGCGGCUCCACUGGCCUGGGCUUCAACAUCGUGGGGGGGGAGGACGGCGAGGGCAUCUUCAUCUCCUUCAUCCUGGCCGGGGGGCCGGCCGACCUGUGCGGAGAGCUGCGCAAGGGGGACCGCAUCCUGUCGGUGAGAGACCCCCGCACGGCCCCCGCAUGUAACCAGAACAAGAAGCUGUUGGUGAACGGCGUGGACCUGACCAAGGCGACCCACGAGCAGGCGGCGGCGGCGCUGAAGAACGCCGGCCAGAGCGUAACCAUAGCAGCACAGUACAGACCGGAGGGCUGA